AGAGAGGGAGAGUGAGUAAGAGAGAGAGAGGGAGAGAGAGUGAGUAAGAGAGAGAGAGAGUGUGUGUGUAUUGUGUAUCAGACAGUAUGUCACUCUUGUCACACUAGCUCAUUCAAUUCAAUCUUAACCAUUUAAUUUUCAGAAGUGACACUAAUGAUGUUUCCUCCUUCCUAAUUCUGCUUUAAAACAUCCAAACAAUAAACUUCUCUCUUGUGUGUGUGUGUGUGUGUGUGUGUGUGUGUGUGUGUGUGUGUGUGUGUGUGUGUGUGUGUGUGUGUGUGUGUGUGUGUGUGUGUGUGUGUGUGUGUGUGUGUGUGUGUGUGUGUGUGUGUGUGUGUGUGUGUCUGGUGAGACAGAAUGUGGCACACUGAGGGAAGCUGGUUGAUCCUGAAUGGGAACAGUGGCAGUUUCUGGUUCUGCAUUUUGUCUCAGUUAAAAAAAAAAAAGAGUUUGUGAACAGAAUGAAGGCGAGUGUCUGUUACUACAGCUGUUAGUGUGUGCUACAUGAUGGACAGAGCAUUACACAUCUGCCUCGGGAUUGGGAUUUACUGCAUGUCCUGCACUGAGACGAUACCAUGGAUGAAGAAACAAUGCAUGAAGACUGCCGACGGUUCUGACUGCAGCGGUUUGGACCUGCACCUUUUACCAGACGACAUCCCCGACUCCAUCAAAACUCUUGAUUUCAGUUUCAACUACCUCCCAAUGCUAUACAACUCAACCUUCCAGCGAUUGAGGAGUCUGGUUUCACUGGAUUUGACAAGGUGCAGCAUCAGUUUCGUCUACGAGAACGUCUUUAAAUACAACCUUGACCUCGAGACUCUUAUUUUGGUAGCAAACCCACUGAACUUCAUAUCAGACAGAGCUUUCUCAGGACAGUUUGCCCUAAAAUACCUCGGGCUGGCUGGGUCAAUGAUACGCAGCCUCAAAGACAUCCCGAUCGCUCAUCUUGAAUUAUUGGAGACUUUGGAUCUUAGAGGAAGCGACAUUCAGGGCUUAGACGGUCUGGAAGAUCUUCCUUUGCAACAAAUGAAGAGGCUUUUUCUAGAUAUGAAUGAGAUUGAGAAGUUAAAAUUAUCUGACAUAGAGAAACUUCAGAGAACAAGCAGGCUGGAGAUCAGCUUCAAGGGAAACGAUCUGGUUGACAUCGAAGCGAAGGCUUUUCAGAACUUGGACAUGGACAGCUUGGAUUUAAGUGGCUGCUUGAACAAAAUGAACAUGUCUGUACUGCUGAAGGGGUUAGAGGGAGUGAAAACAAACAAGCUUUACUUAGGGGUCUACGAGGACAGCAAAAACAGCUACGUCACCGAGCUUCAGUCUUUCUGUAACAUAGCGGUGGUUGAUGUCAAUUUUCAGCUGCAACAUUUCUAUCUCACAAACACAAGCUUUAGCUGUUUCUCAGGAGUUCAGAAGAUCGAUUUUACCCGAGCACACCUUUCAACACUUCCAUACAGCUCGUCCAACAUGUCCAUGCUGUCUCACCUGGUCCUGGAUCAGAAUUCGUUUAAUAACUUGUGCCACAUUAAUGCUGAAAAAUUUCCCAUGUUGACGCAUUUAUCUGUGAGCGGAAACCAAAAAGCUCUUAAGUUCCAAGAAAACUGUUUGGAACCCCUGUCCCAUCUGGAAGAGCUACAACUUAGCCACAGUAGCUUGACUACGGGAGAUUUUUGUUGUAACAAACAACUGACUGGUCUCAGAGAGCUAAAAUUCCUAAAUCUCAGCUAUAAUUUCCCCAUAAAGUGGGAACCGCUGCCAUUUAACGCCACUCCAAACCUGCAGCAUCUCGACUUCGCACACACCCAAUAUCUUCUCAACAGCAGCUCUCCGUUUACCAACCUAGAAAAUCUUCAAACUCUUAAUCUCUCGUUCUCAAACUUAAAUCUGCUGGAGCAUGAUCAUAUUCUGAAAGGCCUGAGCCAGCUACGACUGCUGAACCUAAAGGGGAAUACAAUACAAGGUGGCAUUCUUACAAAAACAAACAACUUCGAUUACGUUCCUCUUCUGGAGAACCUGGUUCUCUCUUCAUGUGGCAUCACAGAAAUCGGUGGAAAUGUCUUUAAAGAUCUUGCACAUCUUAAAACUCUAGAUCUCAGUGAAAACCAGCUCGUUAAACUUGGCCUUGUAGAUUUCUACUCGCUGAAUGAGCUUCAGCUCGACUUCGCCAGUAAUAAAAUUACCUUAGUGGACGUUAGAACGGUUGAGGACUUGGGGUCGAGCAGUCGUGUCGAUCUGAGCUCCAACCCGCUGGCCUGCGAUUGUACUAAUUAUCAGUUUAUAAUCUGGGUUAAAGACAACGUUAGCAAAAUGAAACACAUCGAAAAGACAUUGUGUGAUGCUACAAACGAGAAGCUUAUAGACGUGGAUCUUCAAUGCGUCUUUUCAAACGGAGGCUUAGGGAUCGCCGUCGGGACUGCAGUAGCCAUCGUGAUUCUGACUGCUCUGUUAUAUAUCGGAAAGAAAAUUCACACACGAUACAGAUCCUACUCAGUAUUGUAGGAAAAAUAUGGUGCUUACUAUAUAGUCGGUCAUAAUGUUAGAACACUGAUGGAAAUUUUAUUGUAAUAUAUAUAUAUAUUGCCUUGCUUACAUGUACCUGUUGUUAAUCUAAUAAAAUAAUACUUAGACUUACAUUAGCAUAUAGCAUAUGAUAUUAGUUUACUAGCACUUGUUUUUAGCAAAAUGAUGCUUACACUAGCUAGCUUUUAGCUUUUAGUUCAUUUACGUGACACAUUAGCUAAUUAACAUGACCUGUUAAUUUAAUAGUUUAUAGUUUGUUUGUUUUUUUUUGUGCAAAAUUAUACUUCGUUAUAUUAGCUAGCUUGCUAGUGCAUGUUUUGACUGAAAUUAUACUCACAUAAGCCCAGAAUAAAAUAAAAAAUAAAAAUAAAUAAAAAUAAUAUCGAUACAAUGGCGAAGUUAG